AACUUCCUCCAUCUACAAUUCUUAUAACUUUCUUCCAUUCAAAACCAAAAGAGAUUCCUCCAUAAUCUCAUCCUUCUCUUUACCCUUUUUUGUAAGACAAAAGUAAAAAGAGAGAGAAAAAAGAAAAAAAGAAAAAAAAAAUCAACUUGGCCUCUAUCUUCUUCAUCUCUCUAGUAUGGCAAAUAAUGAAGAAGAAGGCAAUAAGAAUCCCUCAACAAACAACAACCUCAAAAUCAUUGUGGAAAGAAACCCUUCUCAAGCCAAGCUUUCACAACUCAACAUCCAUGGUUGGCCAAAAUGGGGUUGUUCUGCUGGAAAAUACCAGCUGAAAUUUGAAGCUGAAGAGACUUGCUAUUUAGUGAAAGGGAAAGUAAAAGCUUAUCCUAAAGGAAUUGAUUCUUCUUCUUCUUCUUCUUGUGAGGAAUACACUGAAUUUGGAGCUGGUGAUUUGGUUACUAUUCCUAAAGGCCUUAGUUGCACUUGGGAUGUCUCUGUUGCUGUUGAUAAAUUCUACAAGUUUGAAUCUCAAUCUUAAAUAUUUUUCAAUUAUUUUUAUUAUUUAUUUACCAUUUUCCCAUUCUUAAUUCCCUCUUUUUAUGUAAAUAUAUCUUCUUAUUUUCUUCCUCA